CGAGCAGUAUCAAAUCAGUCUAGCAAGUGGAUUAACCUCGCAACCAUGAAAUUCCUGAGCAUUCUUCUGGCCCUGUGCCUUUUCUUGGCCCUCGCCAUAUCGCCAAUUCGCAGCGAUGACGUUGAGCAGGAUAAGAAAGAAUUCUGUCCCUGCCCCAGGAACUACGACCCCGUUUGUGCCAGCAACUUGGUGACCUAUCCAAAUCGAUGCGAAUUCGACUGUCAGCGUCGCAAGGCGGAACGCCAAGGACGCAGCAUGGGACUCUUGAGAAGCGGCAGCUGCUAAACCAAAAAUUCCCUCUAACAACAUACCAAAGAAAUAUCCAGAAACAAUAAAAUGAAAUCAAAUAAAAUAAGUGCCUUGUAUUAAUCAUCAACGUGAAAAAUAUAGAAAUAAAUCAGCUUAUCAACCAGAGCAUUUGGCAUUGCAA